AUGUCAUCCCCGAAUCCCGUCGAUGCCCCGCAGCAUGUCCUACAGCUCCUUUCCGAACUUCACAAAAAGUCCUUGGAACAGGAAGCUCUGAUUUCCAAGAACGGCAAGUUUAUUUCCACGACUCUUCUCGGCAAGCUAGAAGACAAAGACGCUGCCGCCAAGCAAGCCGAAUUCGACCAAGUCAUGCUCGACAAAUUCAUCGCGCUGGACGAAGACAAAUGCCAAUUUACCUAUCAGCUGAUCAACGCCAUGGGUGCGACUAAUGUCAUCGAGGCAGGCACCAGCUUUGGGGUCAGCACCAUCUACCUUGCUCUGGCUGUCGCGAAGACCACCGCCGCAACCGGCAAGUCUGGCACUGUCAUCGCAACGGAGAAGGAGAAAUCGAAGGCGGAUAUUGCCCGUGCUUACUGGCGUCAGUGUGGUGAUGUUGUGGAGAAACAGAUCGAUCUGAGAGAGGGUGAUCUGCUUGAAACUUUGAAGGAAGGGCUGCCGGAAAUCGAUCUUCUCCUUCUUGACAUCUGGACUCCUCUAGCACUUCCUAGCCUUAAAAUCGUUCUCCCUCGGCUCCGACACGGUGCAGUGGUCCUUGCGGAUAACACGAUCUCCGGAGCUCAGGGCUACGCGGAUCUAUUGUCCUUCUUGAGAUCGCCUGAGAAUGGCUUCCGCAAUAUGACGUUGCCUUUCACGAAUGGAUUUGAGAUGAGCGUUUACCUGCCGCAGGGGAAGUGA